CCCGCCGGUGGAUUGUGGGAAAGCGGAAAAAGGGCUCAAAAGGUAGGGAACCGCGUCUGGCGCACGUUGCAACGUCAAAAGAAGAAGCAAUAACAAAGAAACUAAGCUUUUACGAUAGACUCCAGAAACAUUCUUGAAAAAUGUCCAUCGGCGUUCCAAUCAAGGUCCUGCAUGAGGCAGAAGGACACAUUGUGACCUGUGAGACCAACACUGGAGAGGUUUACAGAGGCAAGCUGAUUGAAGCAGAGGACAACAUGAACUGCCAGAUGUCUAAUAUCACAGUGACUUAUCGGGAUGGCCGCGUGGCACAGCUGGAGCAAGUUUACAUCCGUGGCAGCAAAAUCCGCUUUCUGAUUUUACCCGAUAUGUUAAAAAAUGCUCCUAUGCUGAAGAGUAUGAAGAACAAGAACCAGGGAUCUGGUGCAGGAAGGGGCAAGGCAGCUAUUCUUAAAGCACAAGUGGCUGCAAGAGGACGAGGGCGUGGUGGAAUGGGAAGGGGAAACAUCUUCCAGAAGAGGCGAUAAUUGCUCCAGCUACAUUAACAUUUUUGCAUUGUAUAGUUUUUGUUUUCCCUUUGAAUUUGAUACGUUGGAUAUCAUUUGAAAUCUCGUACUUUGCAGUCUGUUGCUUUAAUUUCUUUUUCUUUUAUUAAAAUAAAAGUUUUUCAAUUUGA